AUGUCGUCGGAUCGCGCGGUGACGGGGUCGACGUCCUCCCUGCGCGCGUCCGCGCGCACGUUCGCACCGAGACGCCCCGCGUGCGCGUCGACGAGCGCGGCGAGCGCGGCGUUCGAGUCAUCCGUGCACGCGCUGUGCCACGACCUCGGGGCGCUGGGGGUGGUGACGAGCGACGAGGAGGAGGACGCGGAGGGAGAGAAAGGAAUUCCAGGGAAUAUUGAACGCGCGUACGUCGAGGGUGACGUCUCGGAAGCGCCGGUGGGGGAGGCAUUCGUCUUGGACGACGGCGCGGUUGAGGAUGACUUUGACCAGGGGCUCGCCUUCUUAGCGUCGGCGUUCCCGGAUUACGACUGGGCGUGCUUGGAGGAGGCGCUGAUGAACACAGGAGGAGACGUUGAGCUGGCGAUGGAGCUUUUGAUGGACGACGAGAUUCCAGAGGUCGCGGCACCAGACGUGGAUGACGCAGAGGCGUUUCCGUCGCUUGGCGGUUCGGCGCCGGCGAAGCCCGUCGCGAGUCAACCAGAGCCGCUGCCGAAGAAGAUUUUCAUCUCAGGAGGGAUGUCCAACGUUAAUAGGGCAUCCGUAGCGUCGAUGUGGAGUGCGAACACCGGCGCAAACGCGGGGACGAGCGCGAGGGCGACGAAGAUUGAGCGAGGCGUGGCGGAGGGAACAAAGACUAAAAUCGAGUGGGUGGAAACGGGCGCGGCGGUGGGAAAUCUUUACGCGGCAAAUCGAGAAGAUGCGAGAGACUUCGCGAGAGUGCGAAACGUGUGCUACGAGCAGGCCACGAACGCGUAUCUAAGUGGGAACAAAGCUCUCGCCAAAGAGCUGUCGCGGCAAGGUAGAGAGGCUGCGGCAAAGAUGUCGGCGGCUCACGAAGUCGCGGCGACGAGCAUUUACCAGAGCAGAGGAGGAGGAAGAGACGGCAUGAUCGAUUUACACGGUUUACACGUUGCCGAGGCGUUGAACCUGCUUCGUCGCGAGCUGUCGAGGCUUCGUUCGAGCGGGCAUUCGCACGCUCAAGUGCUCGUCGGAACAGGCCAUCAUACGGUGGGUUCUCGGACGCCAUCGAGGCUUCCCGUUGCGGUCGAGACGUUCCUGCAUGAGCAGCGAUGGAGUUUUAGCGAACCUCAAUCCGGACUUCUCCAAGUGCGAUUGAAUUAG